AUCUUUCCACCAAAGAAGAAGCCACCUCUGGUUUCCUGUUUUCUUUUGCCAGUAACUCCACUUUCACAGAGUUGUGAUUUUAUUCUGCAUGUGUAAUAAUGUCCAUUCCUCGGUGAAUUCAUGACCACUAAACGAGUGCUCCUCAGCUGUACUGUUAUCUCACUGCAGGACACUCGGUUUGUGUAUCCGUGCUGUGAAUUCUGUCUGUCCAGAUUAACAGAGGAGUCUCAUUCCAGAAGUCGGUGUCAUAAGUGUGGCUUCACGUGUGAUACCCAAAAUGUGGACUACCGAUUCAGGCUGUCACUAAAAGUGUCUCGGGAUACAAGUCUGUUUGGGGUGACGAUUUUUGGAGGUUGUCUGAAUCCCUUUUUUGGCAUUACGGCUGGCGCCUUACAGAGAUUUUUGGAGUCAGAAAAGUUUGAAGGCCCACAGAGUUUACAACAACUGCUAAUCAAAGCCGUGGAGGAUUGCUUCAUUGGAAAAUGUUUAGUUUUUGGAUUUAAGCUUUCCGGCCGUGAUGCAGAGAGCUGUUUACUUGGUCAACAUACUGCUGAAUCUGUGCAGUUUGUGUCCUGUCAAGUCAUUCCUCCUCAUGGAGCUUUUCUUGGCGUCACUGUUUUUGCAUACUUGCAAAGCCUUAUGCAGGCAAAUGCUCGCUCGGACUGUUCCCUGAAAGCUGGCGGUCAGUGGCAGCAAAAAGAUUCCCUGGUGAGCAGCUUUGACCACACUCUGCCUCUGUGUCAGAAGUCAUGCUCCAUAAACAGCGAUGACGGCUUAAUGCUCCCGCCUCCAUGGCAUGCAGUGUCAAACCUGGACUUAUGUUUCUCUCCAGAGGAAACAAGAGGAAGCUCUUUACCCGAGGUUUCAGUGGACACACACAGUGACUCACAAGAGUCUUUGGUCUUGCAAUAUCCAAAUGAUGUGCAAAGUACCAAAUUCUAUCCCUUCAUGCUUUCUGAAUCCAAACAUUCAGAGCAUAAUAGACUCUCUACCUCUCAUAAAUCUUUGUUUAAUGCCUCAUUUAUAUCCCCUAUAAAAACCACCUCCUGUGAUCAUGCAUCAGAACACUUAAAUCAGUGGGCUUCAAAAGACUGUCUCAGCCAAAUAAAUGCAUCUUUUCCUGAAAAGUCACUUUUCAAUCACACCAGUUUCACUUUAGAGGAUGCACCGCUAUCAGAAACGUUAGGAGAUUUUGUCAGCACUGCAGAGCUGCAGAUUGUUAACCGGAAAGUACGCAGUCCCACCAGUGAAAGAGCUCAAGCCAAAACUGAAAACCGUGUCCUCCUUGAAAACACCACUGAUCCCUCAAUAGUCCGAUCACUGCACUCUUAUCUUCCUGUUCUCACACCAUUGCGUGACGUUACUAAUAAUGAGAAGUCACUGGAAAGAAAGAAUAGAAAGCGAAAAUCCUUCACAGCGUGUAAGCGUAUGACGAAAUUAUCUUGCGUCUCGAAAAGGUUGCUCUCCUGUGAUAUAAAGGAUGUGGCCUCAAACAGAAAUGGAGGUACUCCUGUGCAAAGUCAUGCCACAAAAGAGCAAGAAAAUCAAUCCAGUGGCUAUGAGGAUGCUUACAAUUUUUCUGCAGACCUAUUUCACCAAAGUAGCAUGAACACUUUAGAUAUGUCUGAGAGCUCCUUCUCGAACGCUGAUAUAAAAAAGCAAGACUGUCUUGCUGAUAUCAAAGUUUCUGAGCCUAAUAUUUCCAGUUUCCAUUUUGCUCCUUCUCUACAGUCAACUCCUAUUGUGGACCCAUCCAUCCAGCAUCCAUAUAGACAGCCACAUAAACUCAGCAAAAAAUGGUCAGGUUUGCAUUGGUCUAAAAAAAACAUUACUCGAACAAGCCUUAUCAGAGUUCUGCAAAACAACACUAAUAAUAAAAGACAGCUGGACAAAUCUAAAUUUAUUCAAACUUCUGAUCCCAUUAUCGAAACCUCUGAGAUUUCAGCAGGUGGCUCUGAGCUGAAAGUGGAUGUGAAACACACACCUGGAGAAUCUGCUUUACCCACCAACAUUAACGACUGCUCUAGAGACCUUUUCGAUCCUUCAUUCUGAGUAUAGAUUGAGGGUUUUUUUUCCCAUUUUUAUUAUUAUUUUUUCAAUUUAAUAUUCUGAAAUAUUAUGAGCUGAGCUUCUAAAUUCACACAUGACAGAUAUUACUGAAGAGACUUUGUGAGUUGUAAAAAAUUAAUUUCAGAGGUAUGUUGUUUUACUAGUAAUUAUUAUAUGUGAAAAUAUUUUCAGGGGAUUGUGAUGUAUUUUUUUUUUUACCUACGACGGACCCAAUAAUAAAUAAUUAUUUCAGUCA